CUACCGGAAGUUGUUCUGACGAGUAGGCAGAUCUUAUAGUGGUUCAGCUACAUCAAAAAGACCUCAAUGGCUGGGAGCAGGCUAGAGAGGAUAGGAACCGUGUUUUCGAGGGUUCGGGAUCUAAUGCGCUCUGGAGUGAUAAAGCAAACGGAGAAACCUAUCUGGUAUGAUGUGUAUGAAGCUUUUCCACCAAAACGGCAACCACUCUAUGUGAAGACCCAAACAAGAGUCAGGGUCAAUAAACCAGACCCAGUGCCUGAAAUUUUCUACACAGAAGAUCAAGUUAGAGCGAAAUUUUAUGACAAAUACGGGGCUGGUCCUCGCCCUUUUGAUCUUUCCAAAUCAAAUUUUGUCUCUGUCUGUCAAAGGUUCGUAGACAAGUAUGCUGAGUUAAAGAGCCAAUCCGAGAUGGAUGACUCUGUUCUGUUUGAGGAGACUGCAAAGGCUUUACUUGCAGAGGGCAUCAUACUGAGAAGGAGAGGAGCAUCAACAUUGGCAGCAGACUCCAGGGAUCCAGUGUUGGGGCUGAAGUUGACAGCCAUGCUGGCAGAGCAACAGUCACUUGCCGAUGACAGCAAGCAAGAGCCAGAAGAGCAUGUGUCACACACGACACAAACCUCGUAGAACUUUUGCUUUCUCCUUAUCUGGAGGCUCUUGGAUUCUCUUACAAAUAAUACCAUGAUGGUCAGACAGGGGUGUACAAAUCUUUUCAACCAGUGGCUUCCUUCAGAAAAAUUGAAGAGGUCACUUUUUGUGGAAUAAAACAUGGUAAAAAUUAGUCCUAAGUUAAGAAAUGCCAAGUAGUUAAUUCCAUUCUCAAAAUUAAAAAAAAACGUUAUGUAUCAGGUUUUUGUUGAAUUACAGCUUCACAUUAUGGCGCCAAUUCAAGUAUCCUUAAGACAUCUUUGUGAAACCUCACUACAAUGAACCAUGUCACCAGGCUACUUUCAAGAAGUGCGUAGAUACAACAAUUGAGUCUACACCGCUUUUUGAAUAUCAGUAUGAUGGAUGAUUCAAGGAAUGUUGCAUGGAAACUGUGUGGAAAUAAGAUGUGAGAAUAAAAUUGUAUUUCCACCAGA